AUGCGUCGUAUCCUCGUGCCUACUGCAGAGAUACUCAGUAGCGUACUCGACAUCGACCUAUGCAUACGCCUCUUGGUGGAGUGCGGUCCGGUCAUGCAGGAUACUGACUCACUAUGGAUGGCCGUAUCGAAGUAUGCUGGCAAGAGGUUUGGCAAGCUGGUGGCAUCUCCAAACUUCCCAAGACUCCCAGUCUCGGUCCGCUUCGGGCUCAUGUCAGCCAUCACUCUGGCUAUGCUACAAUCCUCGCCAUUAUCACAUUUCAUGAGUGACCCAGAUACCGUCCUGCAGUCUCUAUUACGAUCGGCCUUGCUGCAGCAUAUGGAUAACCGUUCACCUGUCAACCGUCGUUCUUGCUAUCCUAUGUGGCGGCCUGGAGCCGGCUGUGGUCAGCAUGAAGGGUGGUUGUGCUAUAAUUGGAUACCUCGUACUGAGGGUGGCUCGAUGCCUAUAGAUAUGGUGCCUAAUGAGGAUGCUGGCUACGCCUUCUUGGUCGACUGGGGCUCGCAUCGUGUUGUUUGUAUUGAUGAAGGCCCUCCACGAUCCACUCGUAAUAUACCGAGAUCUCCUGAGGAGGCCGCGGCGACAUUCCCCUAUCCACCAUCGAUGCGGGUUAUAGCUGGGAAGGGUGAAAGAG